UUCUAGGGAGAUCUUAGAUUUGGGGACUUUUGUUGUGUACAUGCUGAGUCAUGAAUAGACGGUGUCAUGAGAACUGGGCUCUAAGCCAAGUGUUUGCUAGAAAGUUUUAUCAGUCAGCGUUCAGCAUUCCCAGAUUGGACUAGACUCGAAGAAUCAAGUCAGUUGUUUUUGGGUGCGAGAGCUGCCGUCAGAGUUCUCAUCUUGGUGUCCUUCAGACAACAUCGAGCAAUGUCGUGCUGGAGGUCGUCUCUACAAAUAAAUGGCGACGGCGUCGUGUCGAGGACAAAGCUAGCCGGGGUCGAACUCACCGUUCCCAUUGCCGUCUGCGGUAUUCUCAGUUUUGCCAUCGGAUUUGUGCUGAUUGCAUACUGGUGUGCUGGUAAUCGAUCUCUUGGACACGAGUUUAGGGAGGGUGAGUGGUACCUUUCAUUGUUGAUGGUGUCCUCUCUGGUAUGGAUGUUAUGGGUCAUGGGGAAAACGAAACUCACUGUUCGCCACUUCCAAGCAGCAGGAAGUUCACCCAGGCCGUUCGAGCGGGGAGCUCUCUCUCACAGAGCAACCGGCAGCAGUUUGCUGGUCAAGACUCUCACAGCGUUUGCUGCUUUCAGUGUACUGCUUGCAAUUUUUCAGACGGCCGAUUCUGCCCUUGCAACAGGCGGCGUGCACUGUUUUUCCACAUCUGCUGUUGUUUUCUGUUGUUUCAGGAUCCUCUACAUUUUUGCACAAGUUUGUUAUGUAGUGUAUUCUCAGAAACGAGUGUUGUUUGAGAAGAAGUUGGUACACGGUGCAGCUAUGAUACAAAUGAUCAUCACAAACUUUAUCGUCUAUGGUUGGACGUUUAUAAAAAGCAAAGACCGCGUUUUCACUAAUGAUGAAAGUCAAGACUGUACUACCAUUGAUGGUCUAGAAAAGCUCAACUUUACUGCUCUAGUAAAGCUCAACUUUACUAUCUAUAGUAGUGUGCUAAAUACAUAUUUAGCUAGCUCUGAUGCUCAACCAAUACACAGCAGUACGUUUACUAAACCUGAAUGUCACCACACUGUAUUCAAAGAUACCUUUCCAUGGCUCUACCCGUUUUGUCUAGAAUUUUGCCUGACUGCAUCAGCCAUGAUGGCCGAGCAAUGGCUGGAAUGGCUGAGUCCUCCGACAGAGCCAACGUGUGAUGAUGAUGAUCCAAGAGAAAGCUGA